CAUGCACAUUACAUAUACAUACACCUCUCACUCUUUCUUCACUCUCUCUCUCUCUCUCUCUCUGUCUAUUUCUCUUGUAAAUAUGCUGGUGGUGCUGGCACAAAUCCAACCCUGCAAACCUCCGGCGAUUCACCGGCGGUGAGAGAUGGGCAAAACAUCGAGAUGGCUCCGGGCGCUUUUAGGUGCCAAAAAGUCCUCCUCCGAUGAUUCUGCCCCAUCCUCGGAAUUUUCUCAGGCCAAAAAGGAAAAGAAAAAGUGGGGUUUUAUCAGAUCUUUCAACGCCAACAAUGAUCGCAUCAACAACAACAGUGGUAGUAGGGCCAGAGGAUCAUCGUCCUAUCCCGAGGCCGCCUCUAAUAAUUAUGCCGAAGCAGUAGACGCCAACAAGCACGCGAUUGCGGUGGCGGCGGCGACAGCGGCGGUGGCUGAGGCUGCUCUCGCGGCGGCGCAUGCGGCGGCGGAGGUUGUGAGGCUAACUAGUGGUGGUGGUCGGAGUAGAGCGGCAGCGUACGGUGGAGGGAGUGAUCGGUGGAGGGAAGGGGCUGCGGCGGUGAAGAUUCAGUCGGCGUUCAGAGCUUAUCUGGCUAGGAGGGCACUGAGGGCACUUAAGGGAUUGGUAAGACUUCAGGCAUUGGUGAGAGGCCACAUUGUGAGAAAGCAAAGUGCAGACAUGCUCCGGCGAAUGCAGGCAAUGGUUCGAAUCCAGGCCCGAGCCUGUGCGAACCGUGCUCACCCGUCUGAGCCCUCACAUUCUUGCAGCAAAUCCUCCAAAUCCCACCACCUUGGCCUUGCAACUCCCAAAAAAUACGAAAAGCCAUUUCGUGCGUUUAGUACAAAAUCUGAUCGGUCCCCAGGUCUAAAGAGAUCAGAAUCAAAAUCAAAGAUCAAGAACACUGUUGACCCAGAAAGGAAUCCUUUAGGUUCGAAUUGGUUAGACCAGUGGAUGGAAGGAUGUUCAUGGAACAACCAAAGGGACACCUCACUAAAAACUGGGCACGCUGACGAUGAGAGGAGCGACAAGAUCCUCGAAGUGGAUACUUGGAAGCCUCACUUGAACUCCAAACAACAUGACCAAAUCUUUAGCACACCACAGCAUGUCACAGCAUGGAAUUCCAAUAAUCCGUGCGUGACAACAUCCAACUCUCUAUCAAGAAAAUCGCAGAAGCAAAAUCCACGCGUCUCAUCUUUAACAUCCUUAAAGUUUGCAACAGAAGAAGAUCGAGCGGCCAUGUGGACUAGUGAGAACAGCCCACAAGUGUGUUCUGCAUCAUCUAGACCUGGAAGUAGUGGUAGAAGAGGCCCUUUCACACCCUCUAGGAGCGAGUGUUCUAGAAGCUUCCUUAGCGAUUACUUGGGACACCCGAACUACAUGGCCAACACAGAAUCAUCUCUGUCAAGGGUCAGGUCCCAGAGCGCGCCCAAACAAAGAACGCACGUUGAAAAUUUUGGUUCUACAAAGAGCUUUGUUCGCGGGUUUUGGGAUGGAGACACUAUUUCUGAAGGGGGUGAAUUCAGGACCAAAGCAGGGAAUUCCGGUCCUGGUGGCAGCCGCUAGAGGUGUGCUCAUCCAUUGUUCAAACUUUUUGAGGGAAAAAAAAAAAAAAAAAAAAACCUAACUUGACAUCGUCAAUGUCUAUGUCGCUUGAUGGACCUUCUUGUAUUGUUUCGAUGGAUUGUGAAACAAAAGUUACAGCUGUGCUCAUCUUCUUUUGUGGAUUGGCUUGGAAUUUGUCUUUGUUUUUGAUCUUCCAUGUGUUGGUUGUAGAAAUGUUGAAUAAGUGUGUUCAGAUCAUAGGAAAGACUAUGAUGCUUCUGUUGGUAGUAUUGACUUUUUUUUGUUUUUGUACAUUCUUAAAGAGAGAGCCUCUAAUUUUCCAUGUA